UCCUAAUUUGCUGGAAUGUCCAAUAGUUAAUAGUAGUUUUUUUUUUUUUUUUUUUCAAUUUAAGGCUAAACCCAGGGUUUAAAAGCUAAAUUGAACCAUACAAGGCUAAGGGCUAAAUUGAACUUGCGAUUUCUCAAAUCCGUACCUCAAAGAUAACUAAGAAUCCUCACCUGCAAGGAAAGUGACCUCUCUACAAAUGGGCUCCGAAGAUUUAGAAGGAAAAGAAAUUUGGCGUUUGAAGAAGACAGGGAAAGCGAGAGAACGCUACUCGAAGAACAUUAAUAUAGUGUUCAGGAAUGUUUGUGAGGCUUUUGCAGUUUAUACUUUGAAUGGAUAAGAGUUGGCUAAACAUAUCGCAUAGGAACAAUCCUUUAUAUGAGAAUGGAGCUAAGGAGUUUCUUCAUUUUGCCUCAUUAGAUAGGCCUGAUUCAUCUGAAAUCUUGUGUCCAUGUCGAAAGUGUCGUAAUAUGAUAUUUGUCCCAAAAGAUUUGAUCGUUGAACACAUUGUGGUUGAUGGAUUUUUAACUAGUUAUACUACUUGGAUUUAUCAUGGUGAGAGAUCAUCUUCAUCAGUAUCUGUUGAUAAGUUAGAUAGAGGUGAUGAAAUGCAAGACAUGUUACAUGAAGCAUUUGGGAUUCCUCCUACAUCUGGUUUUGUUGAUAUAGACACUGAUGGUGAUGGAUUUGGUGGGUCAAAUCAACAUAACAGGGGGGUUGAUAAGAAGACUAGAGAAUUUUUUAACUUACUGAAAGAAGUUGAACGUGAGUUAUAUCCUGGAAGCAAGUAUUCACUCCUUUCCUUCCUUGUUCAUCUAUUACAUUUAAAGUGUCUCAAUGGGUGGAGUAACAAUUCAUUUUCCAUGCUGCUAGAGUUGUUAAAAGAUGUGCUUCCUGAAGGUGAAACACUACCCAAGUCCUUUAAUGAUGCAAAGAAAAUUAUUAAAGAUUUAGGACUUGAAUACAAAAAAAAUACGUGCAUGUCCAAAUGAUUGUAUGAUUUAUUGGAAUGAGACGAAAGAUAGAACGGAUUGUAAGUUUUGCAAAGCACCAAGAUACAAACAUUUCAAAGGUGAAUCGGUUAAUAGCGGUUCAGAAACCUCUAAAAUUCCAGCAAAGGUGUUUAGAUAUUUUCCAUUGAUACCGCGGCUUCAAAGACUAUUUAUGUCGGCUAAAACAUCUACUGAAAUGAGAUGGCAUGUCGAAGGUCGCACUAGAGAUGGGGUAAUGCGACAUCCUGCUGACAGUAUUGCUUGGAGGAAAUUUGAUGAAGCGCAUGUAGAUUUUGCUCAAGAUCCUCGGAAUGUUAGAUUGGAUUGGCUUCAGAUGGCUUUAGUACAUUCAAGUCUAUGUCUAUCUCACAUAGCACAUGGCCACUCAUCUUGGUUCCAUAUAACUUGCCACCAUGGUUGUGCAUGAAACAACCAUAUAUGAUAUUAUCAAUGAUUAUUGAUGGCCCUCGUGCACCAGGCAAUGAUAUUGAUGUCUAUCUACGACCCUUAAUUGAUGAGUUAAAAGAAUUGUGGGUUGGUGUUGACACUUAUGAUGCAUCAAACAAUCAGAUGUUUCAAAUGCGUGCAUCAUUGCUUUGGACAAUCAGUGAUUUUCCAGCACUAGGUAACUUAUCAGGAUAUGGUGUGAAAACUAGAUAUUCUUGUCCAUGUUGUCUUACCAAGACUAAAUUUACAAGAUUGAAAAAUGGACGGAAGUAUUGUUUCAUGUCUCAUAGGCGAUGGUUACCUCAUGGGCACAAGUUUCGAAAAGAUAAAGUUACAUUCAAUGGCCUUGCGGAGUUGGAGGUAGCACCUAAACGAUUGUCAGGAAUUGAGGUUCAUGAGCAAUUGAACAAUAUAAAAAAUAAUUUUGGAAAAGAUCCAUUGGCCAAAUCACGUAAAAGGAAAUGGGGGGAUGUUGAUGAUAUUGAUAAUGUGUUGCAAAAUAUAUGGAACAAAAGGAGCAUAUUUUUUGAGUUGGAAUACUGGAAGGACAAUAUGAUCCGUCAUAAUCUUGACACGAUGCAUAUUGAAAAGAAUGUCUUUGACAACAUAUUUUGGACAUUAUUGAAUGUUGAUGGCAAAGGAAAAGAUAAUCUAAAGUCUAGUUUGGAUUUACAAGAGAUGGGGAUUCGAAAAGCUUUGCAUCCUAAGAAAAAAGCUAAUGGCAAAUAUUAUCUACCCCCUGCGUGUUUCACAGAGUAACACACAAAAAGAUAU